AUAUUUUAUCUGGCAGCGAUGUAAACUUAACGAAAUAUGUCCUAAAAUUAUUGUUCAAUGGUAAAUCCCUUAUUGUGCGUUUUGCCGAAAAAUCUAUAUAGCAGCGUUUGCAAUAACAUUUUUGCAAAUUAAAAUUGGUGUUUAAAUAACCAAAUUGUUCAAUAUAAUAUGUUUUGAACAACGCACGUAUUCAUUAACAUACUUAAAGAAAAUAAUUUAACAACAACUUGUGCACAGUGAAAGUCUAUAAUGGCGGGUGGUAAUUCACCACGCGUUGUCCAAAUUACCAAUAUUGCACCUCAAGCGACAAAAGACCAAAUGCAAACGCUAUUUGGUAAUAUUGGUAAAAUUGAGGAAAUUCGAUUGUAUCCAACAGUACGUGAUGUUUCUUGUCCCGUUCAAUCAAGAAUUUGCUAUGUAAAAUAUGAAGAUAGUAAUUCUGUACCGGUGGCUCAACAUUUAACAAAUACGGUCUUUAUUGACCGGGCUCUUAUUGUUAUACCUGUAUUAGCUAUACCUGAUGAAUAUCGCGCACUGGAAAUGUCUAAGAAUGGUACGAUUGUGCCGGGCUUACAAAAACCAGAUUCGAAACUACCACCGGAGGUAGUUAAUAGGAUUGAGGGCCAAUCGCCUCAGCAGGUAAUAAAAACUUAUGAUCCAAAACUAGUGGAUAAUAAUUUACCAGAAUAUCCUGCAUUACCUUCUUUUUAUGAUGGUAGAAAAAUAGAAGAGAUUCGUCGUACGAUAAUCGUAUGUGAUGUUAAAAACGAAUGGCGCCUUGAUGAUUUAAUGGAAUGCUUUCAACGUGCAGGAGAAGUUAAAUAUGCGCGCUGGGCUGAAAAAGAUAACAAAACUUACUGUAUGAUAGAAUUUUGUGAACAGCCAAGCAUUAUACAUGCGUUAAAAAUGCAAGGUCAUGAGUUUAAAAGUGGAUAUCUUAAUGUAUAUCAUUCAACAGAUUCUAUUGUUAAACCUGAAGCUAAAUCAAAUGAAGCCGCACAAGCCGAAAUUGAGGAGGCAAUGACAAUUGUAAAAGAAGCUCAAAAUAUGAUUUCAGCUGCAAUUGACCCUGUAAUUGGAAUGUUGGCAAAAGAUAAACGACGUCGGUCGCGUUCACGAUCUCGCUCUCGUGAGCGUCGUACUAGUCGUUCCAGAUCACAUCGUUCUCGAUCUCGAAGACGUUCCCGUUCGCGUACACGUAAACGCACUCGCAGUAAAUCUAAAAGACGUUCUCGUUCACACUCUCGCAGUUCUCGAUCGAGGAAGCGUUCCCGAUCACAUAAACGGUCACGCUCUCGUCGUAAGAGUCGAUCACGUUCACGUUCUAAACGACGCACACGUUCGCGCGAACGUCGUAGCAAAAGAUCACGUUCAAGACAUAGAAGAAGUACUUCAAGAACUAGACGCUCACGUUCCCGUGGAAAGCGUUCCAGAUCUCGUGAACGUAAACGUUCUCAUAGAACAAGAGAAGAAAAACGAUCACGUUCUUCGCGUUCGCGUAGUAAACGUCGAACUUCCAUUUCUCCUUCAUCUGUACGCUCUCGCUCUAGUCGCAGAGAUGUAGCACCACCAACUUCAAAGACUUCAUCUUCAAAACGGCGUUCACGUACACCCGAUCGCAAAUUGAAGGCGAUAAUAGAGGACUCCGAAAUAAAAACUACACGUCCUAGUUCAGAUUCUAAAUCUCGGAAAUCUGUUAGUGUGGAAAAAUCGGAUAACAUGGAUAUAUCAAACUCUCCCUAAACGAUUUAACAAUAUUUAAAGUAUUUUCGUUUCUUUAUAAAAAAGAUGAAACAACAAAUUUAAAAUAUCAUUUAAACA